GGGGAGUCCGGGAGGGAAAUUCUUGGGGUUCAGAGUAGAAUCCUGAGGGUGGGUUUGUCCUUCAAAUAUUUCACAGCCAAUGGGAGCAUGCAGGGAGGCAAGCAGGAGAGGGCACCUCGGAUGGGGGAGGGGAAUGGCCAACCUCAUGGCUCCCUAUCAAUUGGAGGGCAAAAGGGCCUGGAGCGGUGUGUCCCCCACAUUCCCUUCGUCCUCUGUGGGAUACAGAAGCCCGUGGCCAGGUGAGGUUUCCUUUUGAUGGGCGGGAUGUGUGGCGACGGGGAAUGACCUAGUGGGUUGAGGAGUGGGAGUGGUGACUGUAGUUCUUAUUUGUGGGUAUGAAGGUUUAGAGUGGGCAGCCAGGGUGUGAACGGAGAUUGUUCCCAGGCGCCCACUCCUUUUCUCCCCAGACUCUGGAAGGAGCAUAUCUGUGCUUCCUUUGUGUCUGCGGUAGGAAGCUCGCAGUCGUCACAUGGCAUGCUGGAGGUUACGCUUCGAGGUGCUUAUGGAAAUUGUGUGUAUUCACGUGGACACGGCCAAUGGUGCCUUCUGUACAAACCUUCUUUGCCCCGUUGGGGUCUUAGCUGAGCAUGUGUCUACCCCAGGCUGGGGGGUGGGGGGGCUUACAGAUUGAAAGCUCGGGGCCUGCUCGCGAGCAGAAACCAGGCCCAAGGUGGGUGUAGAAGGGCAGCAGAUAGUGUGGUCUGAAACCGGAGGGAGUGAGGCUUAGAACCUGCAAUGAUUUCACAGCUCACGAGGUUUCGGGUUUCUCCAGGGUGGUGUCUUUCGUCUCCAUCCCCUCCCCCAUUCCUAACAGUUCACUCCUUGUGUACUGCGGGGGAGGGAACGGAAAGGAGGGAAGAGUUACUUUUCCAAAUUACUGAGUAGCUGUAGCCUCCUGUGUGACUCAUGAGGGGGAAGGGAGGAUCGGGAGGGAGCGGGGAGCAGUGAUUUUCCGGAAUGCAGGGAAACAAGCCAGAGUAAUGUCUGGCUGCCCUUUCGCUUUCUAAGGCCCAGUAUUUUCUCGACCUCCUAAAUUUUUCUUUCCUGGCUGGCCUCUGUACAGACUUGCAUAGAGCCCCGGGAGGAGAAAAGCAAAUUUGGGAGGCUGGGCCAUUGGGGGAGGGGAGAAGGCUUCUGCAAAGUUGCUGUGUCAUUGCCCUUCUUGCUGUAGCCACCGGGCGGGCCCGCCUGUACUUUUGGGGCCGAGGCCUAAUCCCCGGCGGAAGGGGGGCCGGUGAAUCUUCUUUCCCGGGGCGCACUCCCCCUGCAGCUUGCCCCACUGGGGAAGUCGUGAAGACAGGAGAUUGACGGCCAUUUUAGACGCAGUAACGAGGUUGAGGCUAUAGAGCUACUGCAGAGGGAAGACUCCUCGCUGCGGCGGCCUCACUGUCGAAAACAAGCACCGCCAGGCGUCCUGCGGCCACACCCUGGCAGGCGGAGGUUGGCUACGCCCACGCGGCCCCCACCAGUCCUCUGGUCUGGCCUAUGGAGGAGCUACGAAUGGCACGACCUGCCCGACCUCUGCAGCCGCCAGGCGCACCAGGCCUGGAGGCCUGGGAAGACUUUGUUGGAAAGGGAGUGGGGGCAGGGUGCUGCACCCUGCCAACGUCCUUCUUUCCCUGGAGUCGCCGAACCACCGCGCGGCCAGCUGGCUCAGUGAUAUGGCGGGUUGCCGCUUCCCUGUGGGUCUAUGCGGCACUCUUCUGCCUGGUGACUGACACUUGGAAAUGAAGUUUAUGACAUAAUCGCUUCAGCGGACCAAUCGAAAAUGCUCCCGCGGACAGGCGUUCCUUCCCCUUCGACUGGACAUCUUCACGCGCGUGAGCGAGCGAGCGUGCGCGCGCGGAGGGGGUGGGGGAAAUCUCGAGCACGGUGGCGCGCAUGAGCAGCGAAGCUCCUCCCCUCUGCCUAUAUAUAAAGGGCUGGCGCGGGGCUCGGCGGCGCCAUUUCGCGCUGGAGUGGAGCAGCCUCUAGAACGGGCUGGAGGAUUCUGCCUACCGAUACAGAGCCUUCAAGUCGUCGGGGCCCGCCAUUGCAAUCCACGUCCAUCCGCUUGGAAAUGGCCUUCGUCUCGGCCUAUGACCGUUCCCGGCGGACAGUACAGACCCCAUAGAAGCCCCCGAAGCUCCCCUUUUUCGGGCCCCGCCCAAUCCUCGGAAUCUGUCCACCCCCUCUACUCCGCCCUCAAGAGGAUUUCAAAGAUGGAGGCGGCGGCUCCCUAAACCACUUUUCGUGUUCAUCCGCCUCCAUCGAGAUCGAAACGGGACCUUGUCCACCCUGGACGGUCUCCGCAGGAAGAGGGGAUCUUUGCAGACCAACAGCGAGCAAUAUUGACGACGGUGUCUGGGAUCGGGGGGCCUUCCUAGGGUUUGGAAGAGUCCGUCUCCCCUCGCUCGCCCGCCUCUGCUGAGGCCGCCGCCAUUUUCUCGCUGUCCGCCUCCUGCGGAGCGCGCCAAGCUGCCGGGAGCUUUCGUGAAGCAGCGGAGGAGACUGCUUUCGUGCCUGCCCACUGGGGGGGGUUGUCGCCUGGAAGGCAAGGGCAGCGGCCCCCCCUACUCCCCGGGUUAUGCUGGACCGGGCGGUAAGGGGAACCGAGGCCACCCGGACUUCCCGCGGCUGAGUGCAGCGCCGGUUGCCCGCGGUCAAGAUGCUGCAAAACGUGACUCCCCAUAACAAGCUCCCUGGGGAAGGGAAUGCAGGGUUACUGGGGCUGGGCCCAGAGGCUGCAGCCCCUGGGAAAAGGAUUCGAAAGCCUUCCCUGUUGUAUGAGGGAUUCGAAAGCCCCACAAUGGCUUCAGUGCCAGCUUUACAACUGACCCCUGCCAACCCACCACCUCCGGAGGUAUCCAAUCCCAAAAAGCCAGGACGGGUUACCAACCAGCUGCAAUACCUGCACAAGGUGGUGAUGAAGGCUCUGUGGAAACAUCAGUUUGCAUGGCCCUUCCGGCAGCCUGUGGAUGCCGUCAAACUGGGUCUGCCGGAUUACCAUAAAAUUAUAAAGCAGCCUAUGGACAUGGGUACUAUUAAGAGAAGACUUGAAAAUAAUUAUUAUUGGGCUGCUUCAGAGUGUAUGCAGGAUUUUAAUACCAUGUUCACCAACUGUUACAUCUAUAACAAGCCCACUGAUGAUAUUGUCCUGAUGGCACAAACUCUGGAAAAGAUCUUCCUACAGAAAGUAGCAUCAAUGCCACAGGAGGAACAGGAGCUUGUGGUCACCAUCCCUAAGAACAGCCACAAGAAGGGGGCCAAAUUGGCAGCACUCCAGGGCAGUAUCACCAGUGCCCAUCAGGUGCCUGCUAUCUCUUCUGUAUCUCACACAGCCCUGUAUACUCCACCUCCUGAGAUACCUACCACUGUCCUCAACAUUCCCCAUCCAUCGGUCAUCUCUUCUCCCCUUCUCAAGUCCUUACACUCCGCCGGACCCCCGCUCCUUGCUGUCUCUGCAGCUCCCCCAGCCCAGCCCCUUGCCAAGAAGAAGGGAGUAAAGCGGAAAGCAGAUACUACCACCCCCACACCUACAGCCAUCCUGGCUCCUGGUUCCCCAGCUAGCCCCCCCGGGGGUCUUGAGCCUAAGGCAGCACGGCUUCCCCCUAUGCGCAGAGAAAGUGGACGCCCCAUCAAGCCCCCACGAAAAGACUUGCCUGACUCUCAGCAACAACACCAGAGCUCCAAGAAAGGAAAGCUGUCAGAACAGUUGAAACAUUGCAAUGGCAUUUUGAAGGAGUUACUCUCUAAGAAGCACGCUGCCUAUGCGUGGCCUUUCUAUAAACCAGUGGAUGCUUCUGCUCUUGGCCUACAUGAUUACCAUGACAUCAUUAAGCACCCCAUGGACCUCAGCACUGUCAAGCGGAAGAUGGAGAAUCGUGAUUACCGGGAUGCCCAGGAGUUUGCUGCUGAUGUGCGGCUUAUGUUCUCCAACUGCUACAAGUACAAUCCCCCAGACCACGAUGUUGUGGCCAUGGCACGAAAGCUACAGGAUGUAUUUGAGUUCCGUUAUGCCAAGAUGCCAGAUGAACCACUAGAACCAGGGCCUCUGCCAGUCUCUACUGCCUUGCCUGCUGGCCUGGCCAAAUCCUCUUCAGAGUCCUCUAGUGAGGAAAGUAGCAGUGAGAGCUCUUCGGAGGAGGAGGAGGAUGAAGAUGAAGAUGAAGAAGAGAGUGAAAGCUCUGACUCGGAAGAAGAAAGGGCUCAUCGCUUGGCAGAACUGCAGGAACAGCUUCGGGCUGUACAUGAACAACUGGCUGCCCUGUCCCAAGGCCCAAUAUCCAAACCCAAGCGGAAGAGAGAGAAAAAAGAGAAAAAGAAGAAGCGGAAGGCAGAGAAGCAUCGAGGCCGAACUGGGGUAGAUGAAGAUGACAAGGGGCCUCGGGUACCCCGCCUCUCUCAGCCCAAGAAAUCCAAGAAAGCAAGCGGCAGUGGGGGUGGCAGUGCUGCUACAUUAGGUACCCCUGGCUUUGGACCUUCUGGAGGAAGUGGCACCAAACUACCCAAAAAGACCACAAAGACAGCCCCACCUACCCUGCCUACAGGCUAUGAUUCAGAGGAGGAGGAAGAAAGUAGGCCCAUGAGUUAUGAUGAGAAGCGGCAGUUGAGCCUGGACAUCAACAAAUUACCUGGGGAGAAGCUGGGUCGAGUUGUGCACAUAAUCCAAGCCAGGGAGCCUUCUUUACGUGACUCAAACCCAGAAGAGAUUGAGAUUGAUUUUGAAACUCUCAAGCCAUCCACACUUAGAGAGCUUGAGCGCUACGUCCUUUCCUGCCUUCGAAAGAAACCUCGGAAGCCCUACACCAUUAAAAAACCUGUGGGAAAGACAAAGGAGGAACUGGCGUUAGAGAAGAAGCGGGAACUAGAAAAGCGGUUACAAGAUGUUAGUGGGCAGCUCAAUUCCACCAAAAAGCCCCCCAAGAAAGCAAGUGAGAAAACAGAGUCAUCGUCUGCUCAGCAAGUAGCUGUGUCACGUCUCAGCGCUUCCAGCUCCAGCUCAGACUCCAGCUCCUCCUCUUCAUCUUCCUCCUCUUCAGACACCAGUGAUUCAGACUCAGGCUAAGGGGUCAGGCCAGAUGGGGCAGGAGGCUCCGCAGGACCGGACCCUUAGACCACCCUGCCUCACCCCUUCCCCCCUUGCUGUGACACUUCCUCAUCUCACCCCCUCCCCCCACUGUAGGAGAGCUGGCUCUGCAGGGGGGAGGGAUGCAGGGAUAUUUACUGAAGGCGGGACACAAUGGACAAAAUAAGGUUUGAGUUCCCGGCUCCAUUGAGAGUGACCUCUUGGGCAUAGGGCCCCAUUCAAAAUGACUGGGACAGGGCAGGGAGAUGGUGGGAGUGGGGAAAGACCCUCAUGGGUGGUUACCUGAGGCCAUAGCUGCCCUGUUUACUUGUAAAGGCCCAGUUUUGAGGUUGGUUGGUUCUAAUUUAUUUUACGCUAGGGAAGGCUGAGGGGUGUGAGGCUGUGGUCCCCUUGGCCUCCUUGGGGAGGUAAGAAGGGGGAGCUCAUUUUUUACGUUGACAUUUUUCUACUCUGUUUUCCCUUUCUCCAUUUGGGAUCCCUGGGGGUUUGUGUCAUCUCCCCAUUUGGUCCCCUGGAUUGUCUUUCUUUGUCUGUUGAUUAUAACUUGUAAAUAAAGAAAGUAUUAUUCAA